UAUUGUGACGCAAGUCUUCUAUGACGUCACGCAUUUGUGUUGGAUACGCGCUGUGCUACUGCAUGUACUGGGACAACGCGCGAUUCGGUUUGACGUGCGCGAAAACUGCCACUAGGAUGAACAAAGGAAGCCCGAAGAUAACUCAACUUGUAAAUGAACUCAAUUUUAAAAUAGAUCACCAAAACAGUCAGGCGAUCUUUGAGAAGUGUUUUAAAACACACACUUUCAACAAAGAAUACGACCGUAACAUCGUUUCGUGUGAGAUAAAACGGUUAAACAGAAAACAAGAUGGGCUUACAGAUGUCCAUAGAUGUAGACAAGUGUUUUCUGAAACACAAAUCGGUAAAGAAAAGUUUUCAGGUUCACAAGCUAACAAAAUAAAGUCAGUUGGAGAAACAAUUCGCGAAAUCGAAAGUAGAAAUCGCCAUGCUAUAAAAAGAAAGAUAGAAAAGCAUUCUGAUGAAACCAGUUGCGAAGAUAAUUCUGAUGAACAAAACAACAAAAUGUGUUCAGCUCCAGACGUUAAUAAAAUAAAGUCUGUCGAAGAAAUAAUUCGCAAAAUCGAAAGUAAAAGUCGCCAAGCUAAACAAAAACGGAUAGGAAACCAUUCUGCUGAAAACAAUAGCCAAGAGGAUUCUAAUGAACAAAACAAAAUAUAUACAGCCCCGGAAGUUAACAAAAUAAAGUCUGUUGAAGAAAUAAUUCUCAAAAUCGAAAGUAAAAGUCACCAAGCUAGAAAAAGAAAGAUAGAAAAACAUUCUGCUGAAAACAGCAGCGAACAUGAUUCUGAUGAACAAAACGAAGUGUAUACAGCCCCAAAAGUUAACAAAAUAAAGUCCGUUGAAGAAAUAAUUCUCAAAAUCGAAAGUAAAAGUCACCAAGCGAAACAAACAGGGAUAGAAAAACAUUCUGCUGAAAACAAUAGCGAAGAUGAUUCUGAUGAACAAAACCACAAAAUGUCUUCAGCUCCAGACGUUAUCAAAGAAAAGUCUGUUGAAGAAACAAUUCGAGAAAUCGAAAGUAAAAGUCUCCUUGCUAGAACAAGAAAGAUAGAAAAGCAUUCUGUUGAAAACAGUAGCGAAGAGGAUUCUGAUGAACAAAAUAACGAAGACAGCGUCAAAUCCAGCAAGCUGGAGACCGCCAAGUGUCACACGGACGUGGGUGAACGGCCCAUUUCAAACAGUUUAAAACCGUCAUGUGGAAAACCCCUCGCGGUGUCGGGCGCUAAAAUAGAUGACGUCAGAGAUCCUGCGCCGACGCAGUCUUACAACAACUUGGUCAAGUUCUGGGAGAAGAGAAAUCACAUGCUGCUACCCAGCCGACUAUCCAGAAUCGCCAAACUGCAAGAGUCAGGUGAAGAUUGCAGUUCACCUGUACUGAUAGAAGAAUCGCAGCAGGAGGUUCUCAAACCGCACUCUAGUCUCCAAGAGAUCUCAAAGCCAUGCUUUCCAACGACACAAAACUCCCAGCCACCAUCCUGGGAACAGAACGACUUUCGAUCCUGCGAUUCAAAGCAGAAUGUCAAAUCUGUAACGUUGCGGACCGACUCGCACCUGAACUUGUCACCUCCACCAGAAUCCACGACAUGUUGCCAGCAAGACGUCGAGUCAUGCGCAGUCGAGCAAAGAGACACGUGUUCUCCUCCUCCCUCGCCAGAGAACUCCCUGUCGUACUCAUCACCCGUGACUCCUGAGUUGAUCAAGUCGCAGACUCCCGUGUCCAGUCCAGGCGAGAUACAGCAGAUGAAUACACCGGUUCAGAUUAGUGAGUCGUGUUGUUGCCAGGCGUCUCCCAAAUUCCGGCUACGCUCGUCAACCAGGCGUCUCAUGGUGAGCGUGUGGUGUGGGGUCGGCUUUCUGUUAAUAGUCCUCCUGCAGUUUCUCUUAUUUACCGAUCGCAUUGAAAGAUCCCGCAAGACCAAACUCAAUGAGUGUUUUUAAAAAUCGUGAGCAGUUGGAAAAAAAUCUGAACGAAGAUUAUUAAUAGUGAAACUGCAAAAUGCACGUAUGUCUGUUUUAAGCAAAAAAAUAAAUAAAAAUAAAUAAAAUAAAAUAAAUAAAUAAAAAAGGCGGGAAGUAGAGCGGUAUGGGUCACAGUAUCAGUUUGUGUUCCCUAUAUGGUAUAUCAAAGGACGUGGUGGUGUGUACUUUCUUGUUCGAAAAUGUGUAGUAGUAAGGAUAAACACCGGCGUUAAUGUUGUUGCUUUUGGGGGUUUUCCAACCAUCUACUUCCAUUUCUUUUGUUUUUGUUUGUUUAGUUUUUAUCUUUCCGUUUUCUUUAAAUUGACACCGUUCACUUGUAUAUAUAUAUAUAACGAUGGUACUUUUCAAUUCCAUCAAUAGAAUUUUAUUUUCCAUCAUUAAGAUUGGUUCAUUACAUGUAAAACAUAUACAUUUAACUAGUAUUUUAUUUUGGUGAAAAUUAUACCAGAUAUUAGUUAACAUUAAGUGACCGAGUGUCAGUAAAAAAAAAAAUGUUUUACAAUUUUUAUUUUUUAUUUGUUUGUGUUGAUAAAAAAAAGAAUACAAAAUUACGAAAAAUCCCAUUCCUUAUUGUAGGCAUGGGAUAAAAACCAAAUUAAAUUAAAUAUUGUUGUGUUUUUCCGUUGUUUCUUUACGUGUUCGCGUUUCUCAUAAAUUUAUUACACACACGUGUAGGCCUACACAUACUACUAAUACAUGCAUAAUGUUUUGAUAAACCAAACGUGUAUACAUAUAUGUUUAUUGUAAUGUUCUUUGAUGUUUCUUUCUAUUGUUCUCACUUUUGAAAAGUUGAUGCCAUACAUAAUUAUAUAUAAAUAAAAAUCGUACAUUUUAUGUAUGCAUUUUUAAAAAUUCUCUUUAAGAGGUGUACAUUGGUAUUAACAUAAACUAUAUUUUAGUUUUUUGCUUUUAACAUACGUUCGUGCGUAUACAAAGAAAAUAAUAUUGUUUUUGUUCACAAAGUUGGUACUAUAUAAAUUAAGCAAAACGUAUUUUCUUCUCGUUUGUAAUGUUGGUUCUAUUCACGAGACACGCAUGUACUUAACAGUGGCAUUGAUUGCGUUUUGUGUAUAAAUAGAAAACGGAUAUGUUAUUGUUUUACCAUAAACGUGGUGCCAUAACACACAUAACAAUUAAAUUGUUUUAUUAAGUUGAUAUUUAAAAUGCGAAUCAUGUUUGUUGGAUCAGUUGUUGGCAUACAGACUUGUAUUGAUUGCGAAUACUAAACUGUAUAUUGUUUUCGUUAUAACGUUCAGAUUUGAUAUUGUUUUAACCGUAAACGUAGUUUCAAGACCAAUAUGGGGUCAUGACCUAUUUCCUUGACCUUGGCCUUGGUGUGUGUUGAGAGAUACGAUGCAGGUAUGCGACCUUGGUGUUAGUCAUAGCCUGACCUUGGCGUUCAGGUGCGUGACCGACUUCCGCCAUAGCCUUGAGUUUAUAACCUAUUGGAUUGUGGUGUACUGAUUUAUAGACUGUAUUAUUUUAGCUGAUUUUCUGUAGCAUUCAUUACACUUAGUUCUGUCUAUUUAUAGGUGUUCUAGUGUUUUAGAGUGACGACCCAAAUAUUUGAUUUCACAUUUAACGUUCAACACAUCGCCAUACCGUUUUGACGUAACGUAUGUGUCUAUUUUUAUUCGUUUGAAUACAUCUGUCCGACAUUCAGUUUUUUCUCUUCUUUUAUUGUGAUGGGUGGUGUGUUUAACCCAUUCAUUCAAUCAUUCCGUUUAUUAAACAAAUAACAAAAUGGAUAAAUAAAAAACAUUAACAGCAGCUGUUCAUUCUUCUGCAUAGCGCCUUCACGUUUAUGGAUAAUCAUGUUACGGCUGAUAGAUAGAUGUCCAUAGUGAUAGAGCCGCAAGUAGUUGGUCAAUCACUUGUCAAAUAAUGUUAAUGGGAAAGAGAAUUAAACCGGAGCGGCUCUUCACCAGUUGCCAUUGGUGUAUGCGAACUGGUGUGAUUCUGUGGUCUCUAUUUGACCGUGGUUUAAAAGACUGCUUAAUCAUACCAGUUCACGUACACUGAUCUGAAAAGCCACUCUGGUUUAAUUCUAUCUUUGAUAGGCAUUCUUUGUGAAGGGAUUAACCAAAUACUUGCGGCUGUACAAUGAACAGCUGCUGUUAAUGUGUUAAUAAAUUUUGUGUUCUGGUUAAUAAUGGGUUGACGACACCACCCAUCACAAUAAAAAAAAAAGCAACCACCAAAACGGUAUGGCGAUGUGUUGAACGUUAAGUGUGAAAUUAUAUAUUUGGUCUGAGAUACUAAAACUGCUAUAAACAGACAAAACUAAGUGUAAAGAGUGCUACAGAAAAAUCAUACAGUCUAUAAAUCAGUAUAACAUAAUCCAAUAGGUUAUAAACUGAAGGCUAUGGCGGAAGUCGGUAACGCACCUGGAUGCUAUGAUUCACACCAAAAUCGUACGUACACCUGCACCAAGGUCAUUCAUUGUCUCCUAACACACACAAAGGUCAGGGUCACGGGAAGUAGGUCAUGACCCCAUACAGGCCUUGAUACUACUAAUAAUGAUGUAGAAGAAAAAAGUACUUGUUUAGGUAGUUGAUACCAGAAACAUGUGGAGAUAUAAAUGUGAAUAUCCUGUUGUUGUUAUUUUUGGUAUCAUGCAUGUUAAUAUAUAAAAUGGUAUUGUUUUGUAUACAAUUAUUAUGAUAAUGUUUAAAAGACACACUUUUAUUAUUUCGUGUAGAAAAUAAGAUAAUUUUGUUUUCUUCUAAAACCUUUUGCAUGUAUAUGCCAGUAUGUAUGUAUGUAUGUAUGGUUAUAAUUGUUGUUGUUCUUGCUUUUUAUUUUAUAAAUAUUUUAUCAUAAAAAAGUUCAUAAAGAGUUUUUGUUUCAUAUCCUAAAGUUGGUACCAAAUCUACUUGAAGAAUUUGUAUUGUUUAUUUAUAAGAUUGACAAAUGCCUUUUCUAAAAAGAAUGUUUUUAUUGUUUUAUUUUUUAGUAUAUUUUAACAUGUUUUGUUUCGUAACGACUCUAGUUACAUGUAUAUAUAGUAAUAAUUUGGGUUUGCGUGAGGAACGUUUUGAAUCCGCAGUAUGCGUUUUAUUUUAAAUUGUUUAUUGCUAUUGUUUCGUAGAGAUGAUACCAUGCAUAUAGAUUACGAGUACAAAGUAUAACAAUACAUACGUGUAAAUAAAAAUAGUACUGCAUGUGGUUAAAGGGGCAUUCUCACAGUGCAGCGUUUAGUAAAAGUUUGCUCCAUGCAAUUGAGAUAUAUUGUGAGAAAGUUGAAACGAAUUAUAUUUAUUCAUUUAAUUUUAGUAACAGGGCGAUACCAAACCGAAAAUAAUUAAGGUUUAAUAAAAGAAAAAUAAGGUCGCAAUAAGACAAAAAAGCCAACAACCAUAGACACAGUUAAACUAAAAAUGGCACCCAUGUUAGAUAUUGUGCUGUGUGUAUUAUGAAAUAAUUGAUACGAUGCUACCUAAUCUGCUAGGUUCUAGAAAUAUUAGAUGUAAUGUUUUGUCAAAAGCUAUUAAAUGGCGAUGUUGUUUUAA